CAAAUAAAAAAUAAAAUUGAACCUUGUUUACAUUAUUGUAGAAAAUUAUUAAUACCUAUUUAAAAUUUAUAAGAUUUUGUGUAAACUUAUAAAUUUAGGUCCAUAAAAUAAGCAGAAACUAAUAUUUUGAUAAAUAGUAAGGUGUGGUUCCAAUUACUUACACGUUAUGGAGUCGUCUUCUAUUGUAAGUUUUAGUAAUGAUUCUACAUUUCAAACAACCUUGAAAGGGGAAUACAACAAUAUUAGUGUGCACGAACUGGCGUUACAUGCUAUGAGAGACCGUUGCUUAUUACUGCAACGAAGAAUAAAUAUCCUAGAAAAUGAUAAUAUGAGGCUAAGGCUUGAUGUUUCAAAAGCAUCAGAUAGUUCCACCUAUAUUCCUCUUCAAGAAGAUGAAAGGAAUGAACUUUUGCAAAAAAUUGCAGAGCUUAAUAAGCAAAAAUCGCAACUUAUGCAUCAUGUUUUUAUGGUAUCAUGUGAAAACAAGAAUUUGUGGAUAAAAAUAUCUAAUUUAAAAAAGGGUGACAAACCAGUGAAAGAGUAUACGAAGCAACCUUUGAUGCGUACAAACACUUACAUUCACAGUACACCAAAAACCAAUGAGAACUAUCAAGAGAAAUACUCAGAGAUGAGUCUCGAAGAAAUUUCUUUAAAACUAAUUAACAGUUAUGUUCAGGAAAAAUCACAAUUAGUGGAACAAUAUGAGCAAAUGGCACAGUUACAAGAAGCCGAUGAUGAAGUGUUAAACAUAGACUCUGUAGGAUUCGCAUACAUUGAAGACCCUGCCACAGAUUCAUUAAAAGAAAUACUUUCACAAACUGAAAAGUUACAAGAACUCAAGAAAGAAUUGGUGCAACAAGAAAGUGAUUUGAAAUUACUAUUAUCUAGAUUUGAGAUCAUUCUGAGAGAUGGCUAUAAAUGUCCAAAAUGCCUGGAAAAUAAUGCAAAAAUUACAACCUCAGAACACAAAGAAAUAGAAACAAGUGAUAGCCUGGCCAAUUGGGCUACUCCGGCAGAUUCUAGCAAUUAUAAUAACAAUUUCAGUGAACUAAACACAUCAUGCAAGAGGAAUGCAGUUGAUGAAAAGGAGGUUGUAGAGGAGCAUUGUGAUAAAAUAUGUCCAAUGUGUGGCCAAACAUUCCAUUAUGAUGUAGAAUUUACAGAUUUCCAGUCACAUGUUGAAAAUCACUUUAUGGGUGAAAUUGACCCAGAUUCUGUUAUUGACAAUUUUGAAAACAUUCCUAAUUCUCUUGAUAAUGUAAUGUAGAUAAUGUAUAAAUAAUAAAAAUCUAAUUAUUAGAGUUAAUAAAAAAAAUGUUUUGGGUAGUAUCCAUUUAUAACAGCAAAUUAGUGCCUAUUUGAUUUUUAUUUUAUAUAUCUAACCAUAUUACAACAAAUGUACUA